AUGCCCCACCCACAGUACUCCCUCCGCGCUUUCGGUAACCUUUCCGGCGCAUCUGGAUAUGGUGGAACCGGUCUGCCGAGCGGCGGCCAUUUGCCCAACGCCACUGCAUCCUCCGUAACAGCUACAGCCUCAGUAAAACCCGACAGUGAAAACGAUGCAAACUCGCCAACCGCUGAGACCAAAGUGGAUAUCGCAGAGGUCAUCGUUUCAUUCGGCUCUGCUGUUCCGUUUGGACCUUCUGCCAAGACCAAGGCUGGUGUGGCCACUAAGAAAAGUCGGCCGUCCCUUUCACGUCAAACUACCUACCAGGUUACCAGCCAGUCAGACGCUCCACUGGAGAUGACUACGGUGACGUCUACCUCGGGUGAUCAAGAUGUGAACAAGCAGUUUUCCGUGUACAGAGGAGGCGACAACGCACGUCCUACUCUACAAAUUAGCAACAAGAGCCAGCUUUUAGGCUAUGAUCCCCCUUACGCUGAACGCCGAAUAUAUGAGGAUGAGAGAAUUGUUCUCAAUGUCUCUGGUCUGCGCUUUGAAACUCAACUGAAAACCCUUAAUCGGUUUCCAAACACCCUGCUAGGCAACCCCAGGAAGCGCAAUCGACACUAUGAUCCUCUCAGAAAUGAAUACUUUUUUGAUAGGAAUAGGCCAUGCUUCGACGCUAUUCUGUACUACUACCAGAGCGGAGGUCGACUGCGCCGUCCGGUCAACGUGCCUAUUGAUGUAUUCACUGAGGAAAUCAGUUUUUACGAGUUGGACGAGGACGCCAUCGAGAAGUAUCGCGAUGAUGAAGGUUUCAUUAAGGAAGAAAUUAAACUUCUUCCGGAUAAUGAAUUUCAGAGGAAGGUGUGGCUACUUUUUGAAUAUCCGGAGAGCUCCUUAGCUGCAAGAUGCAUUGCAAUUUGUUCAGUAUUUGUUAUUGUUCUUUCCAUCGUCAUAUUUUGCGUCGAAACACUUCCUAACUUUAAGCAUUAUCGAAUUACAAACAGAACAACCCGGCAAACUAGUGUGCUUUCAUCCUCAACCACCCCGAGUCUAACAUCAACAGCAAAUGCAAUCGGAUGGACGGAUGCUCCUGUUACUGUAACUGCCCAAAGGAUGUUGAAAGCAAACCCUUCUGCUGAAAGUGCCCACUGGGAAGACCUUUUCAGUGACGUAAUUAUCGAAGAGGACGAUAUCCCUCAUCUCGCUGAACCAUUCUUUAUUAUCGAAACAGUUUGUAUUAUUUGGUUCACAUUUGAACUGUUGGUACGAUUUGCAUCCUGCCCCCACAAGAUGGCUUUCUUCAGGAAUAUUAUGAACUUUAUCGAUAUUGUUGCCAUCAUCCCGUACUUUAUCACACUCGGCACUGUAAUUGCAGAUGACUCAAAACGGCAGAACCAGGCAAUGUCACUGACCAUUCUCCGAGUCAUUCGACUGGUUCGCGUUUUUCGUAUCUUUAAAUUAUCUCGCCAUUCAAAGGGGCUGCAGAUUCUUGGUCAAACAUUAAAGGCCAGUAUUCGUGAAUUGGCUCUCCUCGUAUUCUUCCUUCUGAUCAGCGUUAUCCUCUUCUCUUCAGCUGUUUACUUUGCAGAGAUCGACGCAGAAAAGACCUACUUCCGCAGCAUCCCCGAUGCAUUCUGGUGGGCCGUCGUUACCAUGACAACGGUGGGUUACGGAGACAUGAGGCCAGUGACGGUCUGGGGCAAGUUAGUUGGUUCUCUGUGUGCAAUCGCAGGUGUCCUCACCAUUGCAUUACCAGUGCCCGUGAUUGUGUCUAAUUUCAAUUACUUCUAUCACCGAGAGACCGAUACUGAAGAAAAACAGACUUUUGUCACUGUCUCCUCUUGUCCCUCAUGUAAGACUUCCAGCCCCAGUGGGUCAAUUUCCGCACUGUCCCCUAAAGGCAAACGCAAUUCCAGCGCAAACGAAGGCUUCUUUGAGGGUGCGACAUUUAAGGGUUCCAUUUCUAGUGAAACUCGGCCGCACUUGACCGGUGGUAGCCCCAGAAUGGCAGAAAAGACAAAGUUCCCCAGCGCUUUUGCUACAAAACCCCAUCAUGAUUCCGUCUUGCAGGGCGCUACAGCCACAAAAUUAUAUCAGCAGGUGAACAAUGAUCAGGCGGCUGAAAUUGAGGAACCUACUGAAGGCAUACCAAUUAUCGGAUUUUCGUCAAGUAACGACGCCGAGAACGAUUCAGUUGCCUGCUUAGGGUCCCCAGCCGAUCAGGUGGAGCUGGUCUCCAAUCCCGGUUUUAAAUUCUCUCUCCAUGAAACUAAAGAAAGUCUUCCCACCAACCCCCCUAGCAGUGUUUCACCUACUUUUGCGACCUAUGGUAACUUUGAAAGACCGCCUGAUGUCCUAGUCUCACUGCCAACCACCUCAUCGCCGCCUGCCACUCCAGGUAUAGUACCUAGUUUGCUCAAUGUUAUAAGUAAUCCAUUCAAGAAAACAUUUGGUUCCUACACUGAAGGUCUUUCCGCACACUCUCGCCGAAGGCCCUCUUUGGAGUUGGAGGGCAGUGAGAAGGAGGACUUCCUACCUGACUCCUUCUCCAACGAUCCCUUCAGUCCUUGA